UCAAGAUAUGGCAUCCCAAGGGUUGUUAUUUCGGAUGGAGGUUCCCACUUCAUCAACAAGGUGUUUGAGAAGUUGAUGAAGAGUUAUGGAGUCAAGCACAAGGUCGCUACGCCCUAUCACCCUCAAACCAGUGGGCAAGUUGAGGUCUCCAACAGACAGAUUAAAGGCUAUAUUGGAGAAGACUCUUACAAAACCCCCAUUGGAAGGUCUCCUUUCAAUUUGCUAUAUGGGAAGGAUUGCCACUUGCCUGUGGAGGUCGAAUACAAGGCUUUAUGGGCAGUAAAGAUGCUGAACUUUGACAUAAAGGCAGCACAAGAAAGGAGGGUAAUGAACUUGUUUGAGUUGGAGGAAAUCAGAAUGAAUGCCUAUGAGAACUCCAUGAUCUACAAGAUGAGAACCAAGGCAGCCCACGACAAACUGAUUCGCCUAAAAGACUUCAAGGUUGGGGACAGUGUGCUCUUGUUUAACUCCAAAUUGCGGUUGUUUCCCGGGAAUUGA